UCCGAGUUAGAUUACAAGCCUAAGACACCCAUUGCAACAUAUUUAAUGUUUGAUCCUACUAGAGAUAAAGUGACCAAAUGUACUCAAUCAACCUUGUAUGGAUGGUCUGUGGUUGUGAGCCCCAACAGCCUGCACCUAAAUUUGUUUGUUUACGCUGCAGUGAAACAAAACAAAACAAACAAAAGCAGCUCUUUCGCUUAACACCACGCCUCCACCUUCAAUUACCAUGGUUUCGGCCCCAAACUCGCCAAGAAAGGCUUUCAACGACCUUAACAAAGAGAAUGCUGGGCCCUCCGCCAAAAUCCCCUCUAGAAGACACUCGCUUGCGCCCGCCACAAACGUGAGAGGGAUUUUGAAAGCGUUUAGCGGAAACACGCUCACACUGCUUCCCAAGGCCUUCGGGCUUCGCAAAACCGACAACCAUACUAUCGCUGUGAUGAGUCUGGCGCCGAAGGAGAAGGUUUCCAGAAGACGGGUUUCGUUUGCACCGGAGGUGACGUUACACAAGAUCGACCUCAUUCCGCAGGAGGAGGAAGCGAGGGCGCGUGAGCCCAGAAGAAGACGUGAAACGAUUGCCUACAUGCCCAGUAACCAGCCAGUGAGCGACAAAGCGGACGAGGCUGGCCAAGAGGUGUUGGACGAUAGUUCUGACGAAGAAGACCAGCAAGCCGUGCGGGUCCGUAGUCCAAACUUUGCGAUCUUCCAGGACUCUCCCGACUUGGACGAAAGCGAUGCUUCAAUGGAAAUUACCACUACCCUCAGAAUGAACCAGAUCGUUGUCAAUAACUUGAGCGGAGGCUCUGUCAGAAUGAAUAGCUUGGAAAGCAGCUUGGAUUUACACAACGGGCCAGCCAACACUGCUCAGUACAGUUCCUCGGAUGCGGAAGACGAUAUGGAGUUGACACAAAACUUGGGAGGCACACCGUCUGGUGUCCCGGAGAUUUUAUCCAGCCAGGCAAGCGUUGACGAGGAGGCGAUGGAGAUCACCCAGCACGCUCCGAUGUCGAUUUUCCAGUUCUCUCGUGAGGUUACGGGUAGAGACAAUGAUGAAAUAGAAGCGACUAGCAGCGAUGAGGACCUGGAAGUUGACAUGGAUAUGACCUCAGUGGUGGAUAGGACCGGGUCUAUACAAAUCAACGGCAGGGAAGAGUUGAGCUCCAACGUUUUAUCUCAGUCUUCGGAGUCUGUCCAGUCUUCCCAGGUUUCAUCUCAGCCUAUCAGGACUCCCGAGUUGUCACAGCUGCUCGUAACCAGUACACAGGAUCCAGAGCUCGCCGACAGAUUGAGCACGAUUGCUGAGGAGUCCGACGGGUUGACCAGCACAACUAUCAGUGCUGACUUCAACACCGAGGUCCUGAUGGACGUUUCCAUGCUCACGGGCCGGAUUAUCAGCCAUGAGAGUGGCAGUUUAAAGAGAAGACGGUCGUUGACGCCUGAUAAAUCCCAAACCCCGAACAAGACGGACACGGUCACAUCCGAUACUGGUUCGCCUCACUCUGCCCGCAAGAGAAGACGCCUCUCGGUACCAGGCGAACCGGAACGCUCGCCAAGCCGGAAACCAAACCAGACUAAUGUAACUGAACCUUCCGAGAAAAGUACCAGCACUGAGGCGAGGGCUAACUUGUUGACCAGAAUCAUCUCGUUAUCCCCUCAGAAGAAGGCCCUGUCUCGGAGAUCCCUGCCUCAGAGGUCUCCGUUGAGGGCUCUUCCAGCGCCCCAUCUCUCGUGCAAUACUUUGUCACUGCCUCUGAAAAUCGAUGAUGCCGACUUUCUUUUGAGCGGGUUCACGCCUCUCAGAGUCAUCAAGGAAAAGAACUACCCCCCAGUUGUGGAACCUGUCAAGGAGGUUCUGUUGGAUGCCAAUACGUCGAUCGAGUCUAUCGAUAGCUACCAGCCAGUAUCUCUCAGCCAGUUCAUGGAUGCGAUCGAGAUCAAGUUCUACGACGACUUGCUCAUCAGUGACAAAUCCAAACGCCGCUCGUUUGUGCAAAAGCCCCAGGAUUCCAACGUGGUAUUGGGCGACUACUUGCAUGCCAAGCAGAAGCUUCCUCGCCUCGAGUUGUAUGAUUUUAGCAGCCGCGAGUUGCGCAAAAACAUCACCGAGGGCCAGCACUUGUUUCUGCAGUUGGAGACGGAAACCGUAGAGGAGAACCCACCGCUCAUUAAGGAGUACUUCCAAUCCACCCAGCUGGUCAGGUCCAACAUGAACCUCCAGUUUCAGUUGAUCAAGGACUACGCGAGGUACCAGGCGAAGUCUGUAUGGUAUGGCUGGCGGUCGCAGUUGGUGGAGGGCGUGUUAAUCGCCUUGAACGAAAACUUUGAGCAGCUCAGCGAGGAUAAGAAGGUGCUCCAGCAGCAAAACGUCGAAGCCCAAACACUCUUGGCCGCUGUCAGAGAGAAGAUGGUGGGGCUCACGGCGCAGUUACAGGCGUUAAAGUCUGCAAAACAGCACUACGAGACGUUGCACACGGAAAAUUUGCGUUCUUUCAAGCAAGAAUUGGUGGGAAUAAACCGGGAGUAUGCCGAGAAACGCGACAACUUGAUGGCGCUCCAAUGCAGAUUGGAGGAGACGAAUGGUUCUAUGAGGCAGGUUCUGGCACAGAUCGAAAGCGCCAAUCGCUCUAUUGCGGAAAACCAGCGUAUUGUCAACUCCACUAAAAAGUUUGACGCCCAGGAGUUGCUCUCCUUGCCGUCAAGGUUCAGCCUCCUCCAGUCUAUUACCAGCUUCCGCUUCGUCGCCCUCGACAAGCACCGUCCUAUCGUCCAUUUCCAGUUUGACAGGGCGGUGAAUGUCCAGAUCGACUUCAGUGACUUGCAAAAGGCGGAGAAUUUGCGGGUGGGGUUCGCGGAAAACCUUUCUCCGAUAAUGUCCCACUUCGGCCAGAGACUUCUUUCGUUGCAUGCUCGCUCGUCGGUGAUUGACACGUUCCAUGGGUUUGCUAACACGUGGUACCAGUUGAAGAAGAUGGAUACAGACUUGACCAAAUUGGGGUUGUUUUUUCCAAUCAAGUAUGUGACGAAUGGCAGCAGCUUGGUCGCACAGGUCAGACAGUUUUCGCCGAAAAUGGGCUACAAGGCGGUCGUGUCUAUCGCUAUCGACGUGAGGGCAGGGAAUCUUCCACAGGUCACGGUGGAUAGCACUGCGAAGGUUAUACGACGCGAUGGGCCAAUGGAUGUUACCCAAGGAUUGAUCAUGGAUACGUUUAAAAUGAGAUGUGCAGGGUUAGACUUGAUCGAGAAGAUCGAGGUAAUCUCCAUUUGUUAGUGUUUUUAUUAAAUCGGAUAUUUAUCAUUGGCUUAGAGACUCGGAUGAACUAACUGUUCUAACCGUACAUGCAGAGCUCGGUGUACAUAAAGGUACGGGAAAGCGGUAGUUAUGGAUAAAUGGUUACACUGACAGAGAGAAGCUAUAUCAACGCACCGGGGUGGUGCCCAUAAUUCGAAGGAUGCGCUAUAUACCUCUAAUUAUAAUCGUGUAUUCCAAGACAUAGCCGUUAUCACAAGUAGAUUAAGUCUAGAUGCAUAUCACAUUUUUCUUCGUGGCGUGUACAUGUAGUGAAAACAUGGC